AUGGCGACGUGUAUCAUAUUGGUUUUACAGAAGGAUGGUGCGUGCUGCUGGACACUGGGCGUCAACAUAAUUCGGGCAGAAAACAUCCGUUCAGCAGACUUUUUCUCCGCGGGUGAUUGCUACAUCACGUUGAUUCUUCCACCUGCAACAGUUUUCAAGACUAAUACUGUGGCCAACAGCAGAAAUCCCGAAUGGAACCAAAGUUUUGAUUUCAAGCUCUUCGGUAGUCUGAAGUGUACUCUACAGAUAAGGCUUUGUGAUGAGGACAUCAUAUUUGAUGAUGUGAUUCAAACCAUUAUGUUUGAUAUCAGCACUCUGGCAGUGGGGAAGAAGGACAUCAAGGAAUUUCCCAUCCAUCCCCAGGGUAAACUUUGGAUUGCCUUUGAGCUUCGAUCCACGGUAGGAGGGGGAGCAGCGACAUCCAUGCAGCGAAUGGGGGAGGCAGAAGAUCCCCACACCUUCCUGGAUGUCUUCGAGGCCACGGCGACCUCAUGCGGAUGGCCAGAGGCAGAGUGGGGCGUGAAGCUGCUACCGCUUCUGGUGGGGGAGGCACAGCGAGCGGCGUUGGCCCUACCGGCAGCCGCCAGGAUGCAGUAUGACAAUUUACGACACGCCAUCCUAGAUCGGGUCGGCAGCAGCUCUGAGGAUCACCGGAGAAGGUUCCGAGCAAUAAAGUUGGGCCAAGAAGACCGCCCAUUCGUCCUGGCGCAGCAAAUUAGGGACGCGGCGAACAGAUGGCUUCAACCAAAUGGGCAAGAUCCUCAAGUGGUGGAAAGAAUACUCCUGGAGCAGUUUGUCGACGCCCUCCCGCCCAGGACCGCAGCAUGGGUGAGAUACCACCGUCCAACGGAGGUUAAAACAGCAGUGGCACUGGCUGGCGACCACCAAGCGGUCCACAGGGACAACACACCAAAGGCAGCGGAAAGGCCCAUCCCAUCUCCACGCCGACGAUUCCCACCACCAGACCGACUGGCACGGGAGUGGCGCCCUCACCUGGCCGGAGGACCGGGAAGCAAGGAUCAGGGUAACAGCGCUGUCCAGAGAGGGCUUCCCUCACAGAGUGCACCUCAGACACCCAAGCCGGUGUGCUGGGCUUGCGGUCAACCGGGUCACGUGCGCCGAGAGUGCUCCUUGAAGGAGGUGGGGCAGGUGAUGCAGGUUGUCGGGGCCCCAGCACCCGCCCCCGAUUUAGGAGAGACGUACUGUGUACCGGAGAGGCAUGAGGACGCAGGACAGACGCACAGAGACGAACAAGGGACAGCGGAAAAGCUGGACAGACGGACAAUUGGAAGAAGCCGGGCGAGACGCAGGAAACCUCCACAUAUCAGAGAAGCUGCCAGUCCCCUUCUAGUGGCCAAUUCAGCGAAGGAAGGGAUUUCUUACUGGAAAUUAAAUGUUACCGUGGUACCAGCCAAGAUACACACUUCCACUGAUUACUGCAAGCAGAUGUCAGACUCAGACUGCUACGUCUCUCUUUCUCUUCCUACGGCGGCAGCCAGCGAGUACAAGACGACAAUCAUUCACAACCAUUUGAACCCAAAGUGGAAUGAAACGUUCAGCUUCAGGGUCCCCUCCCAUCUGAAGAGUAUUUUGGAGAUCAAGCUGCACGACUAUGACCCCUUUUCAUCCAAUGACCUGAUUUCGACUGUUCUCUUUGACCUCAGCAAUCUCCAAGCAGGGAAGAAGGAAGCCAUGACUUUCCCUUUGAAUCCUGAGACAAAAGACCACAUUUUAAUGCAGUUUGAAAAAACCCAAAGUGAGGAUCCUCCUUGUGAAUACGUCAGCAAUGGCGUCCUUCUGUCCUUUCGGGCUACUUGGUGCCCGUUGGUGACCCCAUUCUCUGUUUUGGACAUCAAGGUUGACAAGCUUCUCAACAACUAUGAUUUUCUGGGCAAAGCGUUGACGCUAAAGGGAGCACAUCCUGGACAUCAGAGCUUGUUAGCAAAGGAAAUGUCCAAGCUCCGUUUCUACAUCAACAGAGACUUGGACACAGAACUUGGAGUGGCAUCGUCUGCUGAUGCUCUUAACGCUAUUGAAAGUUCCACUCGACUUCAAGCACUUCCUGCAGAACACGCUGGCCAAGUGUCACUUGUCAUUGAUCACGAUACAGUGGAAUUAAAUGUUGAGACACAUGAAAGUUUGGACAACCACCUGGCAGUACGACUGGAUUUUGACAUCCCGCAGCAAGAGAAAGAGUAUUUGAAGAAGAGUAAGACGAUUGUGGGGCAGAAUAUGCAAAGGAUUUUUGGUCUGGACUCUCCACCACAACCAAACGAGGUGCCAACAAUUGCUCUGGUGGGAUCAAGAGGAGGAAGCAGAGCAAUGACAGAACUGCUUGGUUGUGGGAAGAGCUUGAAGAACUUAAAUGUGCUCGAUUCAGUCACUUAUAUCACCGGAGUAUCUGGAUCUACUUGGGCUAUGUCUGCAUUGUAUCAAGAGGCAAACUGGUCACAUGACGGCAUAGACAGAACCAUUGCUGAAAUAAAGAAGGAGAUUACUAAGGAUUUCCUGAGUGUCUUCACGCCGGAGAAAAUGCAAUAUUACAGCCAAAAGAUGGAAGAAAAAAUUAAGAAUGGCCAUAUGGCGUCGCAAACUGACAUCCUCAUAUAUGAACAGAUUAUCUUCGGGAAGAAGAUGACCAGUACUCUGGCAGAGCAGCUGAAGGCAGUAAAUGAAGGACAAAACCCUUUGCCCGUGUACACUGCUGUCAACAUAAAGGAGAAGAUAGGCUGUGAAUCUGAAGAUUGGUGUGAGUUCACGCCCUACGAGGUUGGCUUUCAAAAGUACGGGGCGUUUGUGAAAGCUGAAGACUUCGGCAGUCAGUUCUUCCUUGGACAUCUCAUCAAAAAACUCCCCGAAGUCUAUAUCUCUUAUCUGAUCGUGCUGACCUUGCUUUUAUAUUUCCCUUCGACAGAAACUGACAGUGAGGAUUCGACUCUUGAUACACGCCACGUCGAGCCAUCCACAUACGUCUCUAGAAUCAUCAGUGAUUUCUUGAGGAACCGCCCAAUUGUCUCGACAGUUUACAACUUCUUGCAUGGUCUCUUCCUGCACUCAGAUUACAAUAAACAUGCCAACUUUAAAGCUUGGAAAGAAACACACCCUGAUGCAUUUCCAAACACACUGACCCCACAUGACUCCAAAUGACAUCUUAUUGAUAGUGGUCUUUCCAUCAAUGUUGGCUUUGCCCCCAUCCUGCCCCCAGAGAGAGAAGUAGACCUCGUCAUAUGUGUUGAUUAUUCUUGGAACCGGGGGAACAUGUUCAAGGAAAUAAAAAAGACAGCUGUUUACUGCGAGGACCAUGACAUCGCCUUCCCUCAAAUUGAUUUUGCAAGUCUGGAAGCAGAACCUCAGAGAGAAGUCUACAUCUUUGAGGAUGAAAAGAACCUAAAGGCACCGAUAGUGAUUCUCUUCCCACUCGUCAAGAUUUCAUUCAAGGAUUUCAAACAGCCGGGUGUGAGGCGAGAGACAGAGGAGGAAAUAAAAGCCAGACAAGCAGACAUCAGCACUGCCAACUCGCCGUUUGCCACCAAACAUAUCGUCUACUCAGAGCAGGAGUUUGACUCCUUGUUGAAGCUGGCAGCCUACAAUGUCAGCAACAACAAAACAAGCAUUCUGGAAACUUUGGAAAAGGUCUGAAGGCUAAAAUGGCAUCACAGGUAGAAAAAUAAGAAUCCUAAUUACAAUUGACAUGUUUCGAAAUAUAAAA